AUGUCAGAGGAAACAUUUUUGUCUAUGAAUGAUGAGGCAACGAAAAUUGAACCUCCAGAAUGUUCAGUAGAAGACAUUAAACCCGAAGUUGAGGAUAAAUUAGAUGUUCUUGAUGCUAUUGUUAAAUCUGAAUUGUGUUCUGAGAAAGCUGAAACUUGUUUAGAAGAAUUCAUGAAUUCCGAAGUGACUAUAGAAGAGGAAGUCAAACAUGAGUCAAUCGAGACAUCCACUUAUGAAUGUGGCAUUUGUAAUCAAUCAUUUGCAGAAUCAGAUCAAUUAAAAGACCACAUAGUCGAUCACAUGCCUAGUCGUAGCAAAGAACAACGCCUUUUCAAAUGCGAAGUCUGUCACAGAACUUUCAAACUAUCGAAAGGCUUGAGAGCACACAUGGUGACACAUUCUGAAGAACGUCCUUUUAAAUGCGAUAUCUGCAAUCAGUCUUUCAAACAAUCAUAUUCUUUGAAACGUCACAUGCUACAACACAAAGAAGUACGUCUACGCCCCCAUAAAUGCAGUGUAUGCGAUAAGACAUUCACAGAAUCAGGCAGUCUGAAAAAACACAUGCUCAUUCAUACUGGUGAGCGCCCUUAUGAAUGCGAUGUAUGCAAUAAGACCUUCACACACUCGAGUCAUGUUAAAAGACACAUGCUGACACACUAUGGUAUACGUCCGCAUGAAUGCAAUAUAUGCUUUAAGGCAUUUUCAGAUUUAAGUAAUCUCAAAGGUCACAUGGUGGUGCAUAAUGGAGUACGUCCCUAUGAAUGCAGUGUAUGCACCAAGUCAUUCGCAAAAACAGCUGAUCUUAAAAGACAUAUGCUCGUUCACACUGGAUUACGCCCCUACGAAUGCAGUAUAUGCGAUAAAACAUUCACACAAUUAAAUUAUCUGAAAAGUCACAUGGUGCUGCAUAGUGAAGAAAACCCCAAUGAAUGCACUAUAUGCAAUAAAACAUUCACAGUAUCAGCUAGUCUGAAACGCCACAUGCUAAGUCACACCAAUGAGCGCCCCCAUGAAUGCCCCGAAUGCAAUAUGACUUUCACACACCCAGAACAUAUGAAAAGUCACAUGAUGAUUCAUAGCGAAGAACGACCCCAUGAAUGCAAUAUUUGCAAUAAGACAUUCAGACAACUAAGUAGUAUGAAAAGACACAUGCUGACUCACGACAGAGAACGUUGUUUUAAAUGUGAAACAUGUGAUAAGGAGUAUACUGAAUUGUACAAAUUGAAGAAACACAUGGCAAUUCAUGAAAGUCAAUGA